GACAGAGGAAACCCUGUCCAAAUCGUAGUAGUUCAUCUCCACUUUGCUAUAUAUGAAGGAGCUAUGAAGGAGAAGGAGAAGGGACGACUAUUCUCGACCGUUGCACCACUAGAACUUUCAUCAUCAGACGAUGAUUUCACACCAUCCGCCCUUCUUCCACCUACAAAGUCUCAAUCGACAGCCAAUAGUAGCCAGAGACGAAAGGUUUUGAGCUUGCCCCGCAAUGCUGCAGACAGGAAACCGGCCGCAGGGCCGUCGAGACCUUCUCGUGGCAAAUCCCAACGACAAGAGGCUCCAGAUGAUGUCGCUGUGCGCACAUCCCUGCUUUCCCUGCUGGGUCUUUCCCCAGAGGAUCUAGCCGAUGACGACGAAGCGGAUGCUGCAGAAACACGCAGUGGAGAGGAAGAUCCCGAAGAUACAGCCGACCGUAUCUCGAAAGAAACAAUGAUCCGUCAACGCAAGUUGGAAGACGGUGUGGGAAAAGAAGGGGAGGCGAAGAAGAUGAGAGCAAGCGUUUUGGAGAGCGAGACUGAGGAGGAGGAAACCGAGUCAGAAACUGAGCUGGAAGAUGAGGACGAGGGGAUCCCUGUGCGGCAGCCUGUUGGGAUCACGAUACCUGGUACUGAAGAUGGAGAAAGUGAUACUGAACCCGAGACGUCUGCCCUUUCCCUGCCCAUACCAGUCCUUCGCUCUUCCCAGUCGUCCCAGCUGAACUCUGAACCCACGACCCAGCUGCGUCCCGCUUUCCUUCCCACUUCUGCCCAAUCCACCAUCGGCGCCCUCUUGCUCGACCCAGAGACAGGCACCCAGGUACCAGCAAGCAUCAACAGAUUCUUGAGAGAUUACCAGAGAGAUGGAGUGCGGUUCUUCUGGAAUUGCUGGAAGGAAGGGAGAGGGGGCGUAUUAGGCGAUGAUAUGGGCCUCGGCAAGACUAUCCAAGUGAUCUCAUUCCUCGCUGCCAUAACUCGACGCACUGGUGAUGCACGCGACGCCGACAAACGUCGCAAACACGUCCUUAAGCUACAACGUCGUCUCUUUUCCUCCCAGUUGCCACCUGCCGAUUCUGACAGCCCGACAUGCCUCAUAGUCGCCCCCGUGUCGCUGGUGGACAACUGGGCGAGAGAACUAGAUACGUGGGGCUGGUUCGAAUGGGCCAAGUAUACCAGUAAAAUGACUCGGUUAGAGAGGGAGGAUGUUGUACGGGACUUCCGCAUUGGAAGGUUGGAUAUCGUGCUUACAUCCCACGACUGCGCCCGAGGUGACAUCGAACAGCUCGCCGACCUCCGAUGGAGUGUAAUCUUCGUAGACGAGGCGCACAAACUCAAAAACCCACACAGUCGUCUCACCGAAGCAAUGCACCGAUUUCAACACGGGGCGCGUUUUGGGAUGACAGGAACAGCCAUUCAAAAUUCUUAUCUCGAGCUGUGGACCCUCCUCGACUGGGCUAACCCUGGCCGUGUCGGCCGCCUGUCACAAUGGGAGUUUUAUGUGUCCAGACCUCUGGUACUUGGGCAGAGCAGUGAUGCUACAGUGUCGCAAAAGUCACGCAUGGAAACCGUCAAGCGGGGCUUGGUGGAGCGCUUGCUGCCGGGAAUGUUCCUGAGGCGAACGAAGGAGAUCAUCAAAGGCCAGCUACCAAAGAAGACUGACAAUGUUGUGUUUUGUCGCCUGACAGAGCGGCAAACAGCAGUGUACAAAUUGUUUUUGCAGCAUCCCGACGUCGACAUCAUCAUCAAGCAUGCUGAACCCUGCGAAUGUGGCUCGAAGAAAAGUCGCGGGGAAUGUCAUCACAAAUUUCUUACCACCAGUGAUCCUUGGAGUAAUGGUGUUCUAAAGUAUAUGUCUCUGUUUGUGAAACUAUCGAACCACGUCGCGCUCCUCUACCCUUCAGAACACGACACCCCAGACCAGCGCAUACGUAACCGUGGCUAUGUCGAGUAUCUCACAGAACAUUUCAUCGACGAGCGAGAGUUGUGGAGGGCACCAGUGGUGCAGUACGAACCUACAUUGUGCGGCAAAUGGGAGGUUCUCAGCACGUUUCUCAAGGCGUGGAAGGAAGAGGGUGACAGUAAAGUGUUGAUUUUUAGCAAGAGCGUGAAGCUUCUGGACAUCCUCCAGACGUUUGUUGAACAGGCUGCGUACGAGUUCUGUCGAUUGGACGGCAAGGUGCCAGCUGAGAAGCGUAUGGACGAAGUCGAUAGCUUCAACACUGAUCCUAAUGUGUUCAUAUUUCUCAUUUCAACCUUAGCUGGAGGGGUCGGCUUGAACCUGACGGCGGCCAACAAAGUGGUUAUAUUCGACCCUAAUUGGAACCCGGCUCACGACCUGCAAGCAAUGGACCGAGCAUAUCGCAUUGGCCAGAACCGUGAUGUCACGGUGUACCGAUUGCUCGGGGCGGGUAGUCUUGAGGAGUUGGUUUAUGCUCGCCAGCUGUACAAGCAAGCACAGAUGCGUAUCGCAUACGAGGGCAGCGACCAGCGCCGAUACUGGGCCGGUGUGCAGGGAUACCGAGUGAAGCAAGGCGAGCUUUUUGGCAUCCAGAAUAUCUUCUCCCUGCAUGAGACCGGCCUCGUCGUCAAAUCCUCGAUCGAAAAGCGCUUGACCGAGGACUUUUGCUGGGUCCUUGAAAAUGUUCAUACAGAAAUGGAGCUAGAGGGCCUCGACAUGGAUGACAGCGAGAAGGGGAAUCAGAAUGCACUGCACUUCCUUCUAGAAGAGGAUUCGGCCACCCAUCUACCUCAUGAACCUUCUCACCCAGCUAAUGAGAAUAUCUCUAACCUUAAGCAAAAGAGAAAAAGGUCGCUUGAGCAUGAUCAACUUGAUGCAUUUCUAGACUCAAGAAAGAUCCACACGCAUCUCAAUGAGGAAGUGCUAUCGAGAAGUGCAAUAGACGCUGAACGGCUCAAAGCCGAAAGGAAGGCUAAACGUUCGAAGACACUUGCACCUGCUGACGAUUCGUGGAUACCGCGUCGAGCAACAAAAUUGCCGGCGCAAGUAUUCCAGGAUAGACUUGCCAUGCUCGAAGAACUGGGUGGGGCAGAUCCAGACGAGCCGCUGGGGAUGGAUACCGUAAAGAAAUUUGUGGAGAUGUCUGCCAACAAGCAGAAACGUAUUCUCGCAAAAAUAGAUCGAAUGAUAGCUGCCAAGAAGAAAGUACUUCCAAGUGAAGUGAUUCUACCGUCGCGCCUUCCUUUUUGAUCGAGAAUCUGUGUACAGUAUAAUUAUCCUUAUACACUACUGCAUUAUUUUUUCAGUGCUUCGGUACGGAAUGUCCCGGAUAAGAUUGUAUCCAUUUCUGUAAACGGCUACCAACCUCGCUUGAAGUAGCUUUCA